AAUCUCAUUCUCUCAUAUUACUGAUUAUUAUUAAAUUUCCCUUCCCGUAAAAAUGUCUGAGGUUGAAUACCGGUGCUUCGUGGGGGGCCUAGCCUGGGCCACGAGCGAUAAAGCCCUGGAAGAUGCUUUUGGUCAAUACGGCGAAAUCCUCGAAUCGAAGAUUAUUAACGAUCGUGAGACUGGUAGAUCACGUGGAUUUGGAUUUGUGACGUUCAACAACGAGAAAUCUAUGAGAGACGCGAUCGAAGGAAUGAACGGGCAGAACCUUGACGGCCGUAAUAUUACUGUCAACGAAGCGCAGUCACGCGGUAGCGGCGGAGGCGGCGGUGGAGGUUACAGAGGAGGUGGCGGUGGUGGAUACGGAGGUGGAGGUGGUGGUUAUGGAGGUGGAGGAGGUGGUUAUGGUGGAGGAGGUGGUCGACGUGAAGGAGGAGGUGGUUACAGCCGUGGAGGUGGUGGUGGAUACGGAGGAGGUGGUGGAUAUGGAGGAGGUGGCGGUGGUUAUGGAGGUGGAAGAGACCGUGGAUACGGUGGCGGUGGCGGUGGUAGAUAUUCUAGCAGGAGUAGCGGCGGAGCUGAAGGUAACUGGAGGAGUUAGAGUUAGGGUGACGGUGUCGUUUUGUUACUUGUUUGGGGGUUGGGUUCUGUGAUGUGUGUUAAAUUUAUAGUAAUUAGAUUAUUUGUUUCUGAAAUGAUGUUGGGUUGGGUUUGGUGCUGAAUUUGUUUUGGUUCCGAUAUAAAUCAUAAAUUUGUAGAUCAUUUUUGAUCCAUGGAUGCUCUGUAUAAUUGUGUUACCGUUCUCUAACGAAGAGUUCAGAUCUGAAAAGUUCUAUAAAGCUGUCUUCUUAGAUUUA